CUUUGAGCCAGACACCCAGCAGCAGCAGCAAAGCAGCUGUGGGGUUGGGGGGUUGAGGGCAGCCUCCGCUGUGGUCACAUUAAAAACUGCAUCGCCUUUUGUGACAACUGUAGAUCAGUGAGCCAUCAGCCCUCACUCUCCUCUCUGGGACUUGUAGUUUUUAGCGUAGUGAACGCCGCAGCACGUCAGAGGCCUGUGUGAGAGUUAAACUACAGUUCCCUCAGAGCUCCUCGGAGGUGUUAGUUGUCAAUAUGGCUGUUGUCAGACAGACAAAGCAGAGAGGCAAAUAAUUCGCCUCUGAUUAGAGAUCGUUGUGAAGGGGUCGGACGGGGCUCUGGACUCACAUCACAGUUACUGUUCACACACAGCGGCUCUCUGCUCCAGCUCCACUGUUAGAUGGUUUAAGCGGACUAUUUGAACCGAGCAGCAGAAUGUCUGAGUUCAGCGAGGAGCCGCGCUUCACCAUCGAGCAGAUAGAUCUGCUGCAGCGGCUGCGUCGCACCGGCAUGAACAAGCAGGAGAUCCUGCACGCGCUUGAAACUCUGGACCGGCUGGACCGGGAGCACGGCGACAAGUUCGGCCGCCGCACCUCUUCCUCCUCCUCCUCUUCGUCCUGCUACGGAGUAGGCGGGGCCAACGGCUGCACCAACAACUCUGCCUCCAACACUACUACAUCAUUCAACAAUAACAACACUGCCUCGGCAACCACCACCUCUUCCGCGACGUGCAACGGCAACAACACCGAGGCCAGCGCCAGCGAGCACUCGGCGGCCGCCGCCGCGUCCUCUUCCACGACCUCCAAAAUCUCCACCGCCACGCAGACGCAGUUUGGCAGCGGCGGGGGGCUCUCGCCGUCUCCCAGCAACAGCUACGACACCUCCCCGCCUCCAGGGCCACCGCCGCCUUCCGCCAUCUUGCCCUCGCCGGUGUCACUGGUGGCUCUGUCACAGAAUGGCAGGGAUAGCCUGGCCGCCACACCCAACGGGAAGCUGUCUCCUCCGAGAUACCCAGUGAACAGUGCGGCUGCAGCACGAGCGUUCGGGUUCGAAGCUACAGAAGAGGACCUGGACAUCGACGAUAAGGUGGAGGAGCUGAUGAGGAGGGACAGCAGCAUGGUGAAGGAGGAGAUCAAAGCGUUCCUGGGGAACAGGAGGAUCUCUCAGGCCGUGGUGGCACAAGUAACCGGCAUCAGCCAGAGCAGGAUCUCCCAUUGGCUGCUGCAGCACGGCUCCGACCUGAGCGAGCAGAAGAAGAGGGCCUUCUACCGCUGGUACACGCUGGAGAAAACCACGCCAGGUGCCACACUGAACAUGCGUCCAGCUCCGCUACCUCUGGAGGACAUGGAGUGGAGGCAAACCCCGCCCCCCAUCACCACCGCCCCGGGGACAUUCCGGCUGCGUCGAGGAAGUCGCUUCACUUGGAGGAAAGAGUGCCUGGCCGUGAUGGAGAGCUACUUCAACGACAACCAGUACCCAGACGAGGCCAAACGGGAGGAGAUAGCAAACGCCUGCAAUGCCGUUAUUCAGAAGCCAGGGAAGAAGCUGUCCGAUCUGGAGAGGGUUACCUCCCUGAAAGUUUACAACUGGUUCGCCAACCGCCGCAAAGAGAUCAAGAGACGGGCCAACAUUGAAGCCACAAUCCUGGAGAGUCAUGGCAUAGACGUCCAGAGUCCAGGGGGGCACUCCAACAGCGACGACAUCGACGGGAACGACUUCUCAGAGCAGGCAUGUGACCUGCCCUAUUUCGACAAGAGACCUCUCAGCCGACCUUUUGGCCUUUACCGACUGGAGCCCACCUCGCCAACACAGGAUGACAGCGCAGCGCACAGCGAGCACCAGGACCCCAUCUCCCUGGCCGUGGAGAUGGCCGCCGUCAACCACACCAUCCUGGCCCUGUCCAGAACCGGAGGGGUCCCCAACGACAUCAAGACGGAGUCCCUGGAGGACGAAUGAACUGCACGGGGGAAAACGGGGACGGAGGAAACCAACGAGAGUCGAGAGAGAGGAGGAAAGGGAAGGAGGAGUGAAAACGGGGAGCUAAAAAAAAAUAAAUAAUGCUACUUAGUAAAUCUUCUGAAUCUGUCCCUCAGCCAUCCUCUGCCAGCUCUCGGCUUCCCUCCUCCACUCCCUUCCUCCCUCCCCCUCCACAAAGUCCAUAUAAACAGUAAUCACCCACCACCCACCCCAACUUACCCAAUAUAUUGACACAGCUGGAGGAAAUGGGUCACUCUGAUCUCUAUGAAAAUGCUACACGGAAAGAAGGAAAAAGGGGGCAAUCCAGGCCUUUAACCCCCAAAACGAUGGCCCUUGUCUGGGAUCUGUGUCUCCCGGGAACCCCACCUCUGUUCCCUGACUACACUCUCUCCUCACAGGAUACCUCUCCCCCCCCCCUCUCCAGCCUGGUCGUCUGAGCCGAUCCUCAGUCUAUCUCACCUCAGCGUCAACCUCAGAAUAAUAACGUGUACUGUAUAUAUAAUAUAUAUAUAUAUAUGGUUCUUAUGGUUCUCAGUCACACUCUACCUACCUGCAUACCCCUCAAAAUGAUUCAUUGUGCAAUUCAUGGGAGGAGCGGCCUCCAGCCGUCGGCCUGGAGGAAAGACGGACGGACGACGAGGGUUUCCUUCCUCUGCCUCUCUGAAAGGAUGAUAUCAGCAGACAGAACUUGUAUCCUCUAUAGUUCUCAUUCCUACAGUAGGACCUGCUGUUGGAUGCAAACCUCUGAAAAGAAAGUAGCCUUAAUUUCAUACAGACAACUACACCCUUUUGCAGUAUACAGCAGGUGUUGGAAGUUUUUUUUCCCUGACAACAAGGAAACUUUUUAGUAUGCAUAUAAAAAGAAAAAAUGCCAAAAUGAAUGUGAAGGUUUAUGUCCAACAGCAGCAGCAGUUCCCUCUGAUUUUUAGCCCAAACGGCGACUGGAUAUACAAUCAUUCUGCCUUGGUAUUUAGCUCCCAGUGACACUAUCGUUAAGUACUCGAGGCUAUGAGAAUCAGUUUAGGGUCAAUGUGAUAAUCAAGCAAACUUUAAGCUAUCUAAUAAGGGGAAUCGUGCUUUGUUUUUAAAUGUCAUCCAUGCCAAAGGAAAAAGAAAAAGCUAAGAGGCUAAGCUAAGACCGGUCUGUGUUUUCACGUUCAUCCAAAGCAAUUUCUACCGACUCCUUCGUAGGUUUGCUUCUCGCCCACAGCGGAGCCUCUUGAGCCAGCGUACGUGGACGCUCGACACUACAGCAGGCCUGUGUCGGUGAAGAUAUAGGUAUUAUUAGCAAGCAGGACAUAAUAAUGAUAAAAUACCCCGAAAGCUAUUUACUACUUGUUCUGUGACGCUGCCUCUUUCUAAUAGCCUAAAGAAUGUGCUUUCAGAAGAUUUAGUUUUAAAUAUCUGUGGUAUCAAAUUAGACUAAAUCCACACUGGAAAUGGUUUUAGAAUAUCAGAACUCCUUAUUUCAUCUAUAUAGCCUCAAAGGUAAAAGCACCACUUUGAAGGGAGUCAAAGACAUUUAAAGUGAUGAUAUUGGAAAUAUUUUUUAUUUUAUUUUCUUUGCCCCGGGGUGGAACUUUUCCAAAACCAUCUUUAACUGGAGAUCAUCGUACUGUUGUAAAGCGGAGACAAAGUGCUGUGCUCUUAAAGGUAAAGGUUUCUUUGGGGGCUCAUUAAUUGUCAAGUUUUCAGUCUAAGAAAUCCUCAAAUUUGACCUUUAUGCCUUUACACACUAGGGGGCGUGACGAAUAACCAACACGAAAAUGCAAAAUACUCGCCUGCGAGUAUUAUAUGUCUAGGGCUUUUAUUGUGAAAGGUAAAAACAGAAGGAGUGGAUCUGGUCAAGGUUGAAAGGAGUAAUACAGUUUGAAGUCUUGGUUCGGACUACGGAGCCUCCGCGUUGUUGUUUCAUAAAUGUAGAGCGCUCCAGGGAUGACGUAUAUUUGUAGGUCAACCAGGAAGUUAGCAUCGCAGUGGCUCCCUCCACAAAAAGCUAAUGGAAUUGUUCCAUUGGGUUUGGAUUAUCAGAAGUAAAAAAAACUAACACUUGAUGAGUCGGUGUUUAGCAUUUAGCCACUUGCCUUUUUUAAGAAAUAUAAAGGCUUAAAAAUUCACGAGUAACCACAGAACUUAUUUCAGGCAUCUCACUAAAAACCCAUUGACUUCCAGACGAGGGAACCGGAAGUGCUAACAUGCUAACUCAUUUCCUGGUUUACGGACUCAUUCCUGUAGCACUCUAUAGACACAACUCAACCCGUUCCGCACAACGUGAUUGGUUGAUGCCUUUUAUUCGCGGUGUGAAAGCUAAAAAAAAAAAAAUAGUUCGCUGCGUAAUAUUAGGCAUUCUGUGCGAAAGUAUUCACGACAAAAAACAACAGUUUGAAAAAAUAUAUUGAUGUGCGAAUUAAUCGCAUGAAAAAAACAAAUCCCCCGGUGUGUAACAGCCUUUAGGUUGAGGAAGUUAAAUCAAUAGUUAGAUUUUGGGUUGACCACCCCACGCUUAAUAUGAAGCUAGAGCCAGGAGACCGUUAGCUUAGCUUAGCACGAAGACUGGAUACAGCUAGCCUAGCUUGGUCCAAAGGUUAAAAAAUCUGCCAACUAGCACCUCUAAAGCUCAUUCAUUAACCCGUUAUAUUUCGUCUUAUGAAAGCCAUACAAACAUUUUACUUAAAAAGACAAGUUUUACAGAUGGUAACGAGCUGAAUUUUCGGGGCAGGCACAGCGACUUCCUGUGACAUUUCUUUUUUUAAUACUUUUACGGGAGUUAUAGCGUGUUAAUUAGGAGCUUUUAAAGUGCUAGUAGAAAGAUAUUUUCACUUUUGGACAGAGCCACGCUAUAGCUGUUUUCUCCUGCUUCCAGUCUCUAAUGCUAAGCUAAGCUAACUGUCUCCUCCCUGUAGCCAGUCUCUAUGCUAAGCUAAGCUAACCGUCUCCUCCUUGUAGCUUCAUAUUCCGCGUAUAUGAAUGGUAUCGAUCUUCUCGCCUAACUCGCGGCAAGAAAAGCAAACGAGCAUAUUUCUCGAAAUCUCAAACUACUGCUCUGAGAAGAACCCCCCCGCCUUAGUGAUGGUUUUGGAGAACUGGGAAAAUAUUCUACAAAGCAGGAUUAAACAAAGCAGUUAGCCAGGAAACUCCUCAUGUAAUUCCUCAUGUUUGAAAUAGUCAAAUAUGGACUUUAAUGAUGUAUGAAAUAAUGUGGAUCCUGCUUGUAGAAUAGCUCCCAGGCCUGGGCUCUCUAGUCUAGUAAAGCUCUAUUUAAAUCUAUCGCUUCAGUGUGAUACAGUGACUCAGUACUGGGAACUGUGGUUGAAAAAGAAAGGGUUGAAAGAUAAAAACAAUAUGUAUUUAUACUCAUUUUUUUUAUGGUAAUGUACAAAAAAGAAUGACAUAUGUUUUGAAAUGAAACAUGCUUUUAUUGUUCAAUGAAUCAUGCCUUUUUUAAUUUCUCCUGACUUUAUUUUUCCAUUAUCAUUUCUUUCUUUCUUUCUUGUCAUCCCUUAUUUGACUGAACAACAGUCUCCCUGUGUUCGUGUCUGAGGUCGUAAGCUAUUUUGUGAAAGACGAAAAAUGAUGCACCUUAUUUUAAAUAAGAAUUGCUGUUGACGAAGCUUAAACUGUAACCUCCCUCCCCAGAGCCUUCCUUUUUAAAAAUGGCAAACGUCCAAUACACUAUUACGGGGCUUUUUGUGUGAGAAAACAUUUCAGUACGGCUGCUUUCACGCACCAUAUCAAAUGAAAUGACGGCCCCGGUUAUGUGCUGUUCUGUCCUUGAAAUGACGCCACACCAAACUCCAUAGUGAAAUGUAGUAUUUUAAUGUUGACCUUCCUCUUGCAAAGUGCACAAUAAAUAUGGCUUCGAGAAAUAGUUACUUUUAUAAUUAACAACUACAUUCCGUUAUUUAUUACUAGAUACCGACUCCAUUUAGAUUUGUAUGAAAAUACAAUAAUGAGUUCCUCUUCGGUACGGGCCUGUUCGGUACGGGGCUUUUCAGUUACGGGCCUGUUCGGUAUGGGCCUUUUCAGUUACGGGCCUGUUCGUUACAGGCCUGUUCGUCACGGGCCCUUUCGGUACGGCCUGUUCGGAGCGUGCCAAUUGGUUGGCCUCCAGUGUUGCUGCUCGCAGCUUUCUCGAGAACCGCUCAUCCAAACAGCUUCACACUCCACACUGCGCUUCCUUGGUCCCUGAGCAAUACACCCGCCAAGUGUGAAGUCGAUCGGAUGAACGGUUGUCGAGAAAAUUACAUCUGUUGUUGAAUGUACCGUAGCGAGCAGCGACAAGAGAGCUGUACCCAGCAUGCUGUUCGCUGGUGUAACAGUUAACAUUGUAGUGAGCGACGUUGAGCUAUCUGUUGCUAGCAUGCUGUUCACCGGUGUAACUGUUAACAUUGUAGCUAGCGACGGAGAGCUCGCUGUACCUAGCAUAUUGUUCGCCGGUGUAUCAGCCACUUCAGGGCGAUGCAAGACCCCUCCGCUGCGUGUCAGGGUUUAUUUGACAACGACCGGCUCGCUGUACAUUAUCCCUUCCAUAUUGUAGCAAGUCCCAUAGAUCUCAAGAAGUCGCACUCGACGCUGCACUUCCUCGGGUCCUCAGCAAUACACCCGCCAAGUGUGAAGUCAAUCAGAUGAACGGUUGUCGAAUAAAUCGAAGGACACACAGACAGAGACUCCUUCCAUUUUAUAGAUAGAUAAAUAAUAAAAUUGUGUUUGGACUACGUGGUUUGAGUCCAAACACUUACGGAAAUGGCGGAGAUUGAACCAGGGGACUAACUCACUGUAUGUUUGGCUACUGACCCCCCAAAACUCUGACCAAAAACUUAAAGUUUAAUUAUGAGAUGAAUUAUUCCUUUAAAGGGGACACAUGAAACAAAGGUUUUUUUCGGUGCUUGUGCACGUACAUUUGGGUAUCUGGAGUGUCUACCAACCCACAAACCGCGAAAUAACACAACCCAUUCAGAUUUUGUGGCACUGUUUAUUUCUCGCUAUCCAAUCAGAGCAGACUGGUCGUUUUUUGGGAGGGGGGUUCUUAAAGAGACAGGCGCUACAACGAAGCGUUUCAGACAGAGGGUGAAUACAGGUAUAUUCAGACAGACAGGAUGAGAAAAAUAAAGUGUUUUUUGAACAUUAAAUCAUGUAAACAUGUUCAGGUAGAAACACAAAAUACAAGUAUGAACCUGAAAAUGAGCACGAUACAUCCCCUUUAAGGCACCUGUGCCAAGUGUAUAUGUUGAUAUAACACUUUGAGAUUAACAGGCAAACCUUUUUGUCUAUGGAGUUUGGUGUGACGUUCUCUCCCCAUACAAAGAAUAUUGUAUGUUAGAAAUAGUGAAAUGCGUGGAUUGAAAGGAAAAGAGUGCAUUCAGAGAUUAUUCUCUCACUAUAAGACACUGAAAUGAACUGCCUUACUGUUUGAGAGAUGCCACGGCCCAAUUAAGCAAGUACAAGUUUUAAUCCAGCAGUAUUUUAUGUGAGCGUUCAAGCUUGACAGAAAUGUUUAUGGGAUGGAAGAAAGAACCCUCAGGUGCUCAAGAAGAUUCUGUGCUUUUUCCAAGAGACAACUGGAAACAGAUUAAUCUUUAUAACAUACCUUAAUCUGAAACAGGCUUUCCCCCACCCGAUGCCGAGCGUUACCCCAGCGGCAGGGUUUUUACUCUGAAAGAGUUGUCCUCUCGUGGUGUGUCAGGGUCAACAUGUCUACAUGUCCUUCUGUGUCCCCCAGUGCAAACACCAUCCACUUCAUCCCAAUAUAGCUCUGAUAAAGAGGACUGAAUGCUGUUGUAUCAAUCUCAAAUCUAGUUACGUUCAAAAUUACUGUAUUGCCCAUUUCAGAAUUUAGUGCCUUUUUUGGACAGUAGACUGUUCUGUAAUUAAGAUGUAGUAUAUAUACAUUUUUUUGUACAGUUUCUUUGUUCAUUUUUUUAACUUGUGUUUAUUUUAGUAUGAUAUAUAUAUAAAUAUAUAUAUAUAUAAUGUACAAGAGAAUAAAGCUAUAUCGAAGAGA